UGAUCUAUUUCAUUUAUUUUUUAAAAAAAUCAAUUAGUUCGAUUUUUAAUUUUUCAAAAUUAUAUAAACUGACUGCUCACAUCUAAUUUAACUCAAUAAAAUUGAUAAUUUUAUGUAUAUUUAUGAUCAAAGAAUUAAAUUUUCGAGAAUAAAAUAAAUUUAUUCAAAUGAAGUUUGAAAGGAUAAGGAACAAUAGUACAUGCUGGAAACAAAGGCGGCAAAGAAAAGACGGCAAAAGUAGGAAAAAGUAGUUUUAAAAAACUUUGGGACGAUUCUAUGUAGAGUGUGGGUCGGAGUCAAUUCGGGUCCAACUCAAUAUUCGCCCCCACAAAAAAGAACUCCCUUUAAUUUUAUUUGGUGUAGAACACCCUUUUAUUUGCUACUUCUCUGAGUUACCUUCCCAGCUCAAAAUUCGUUGCAAAAGAGAGAGGAAGAGGGAAAAAAAAAAGAAGAGAGAGAGAGAGAGAAGGCUACUUCUUUGUGAUAUUUUUUUCAUUUGGGUUUCUGGGUUUUGUUUAAGAAAUGAAAGGAGGAGGGAGGAAAAGGGUAGUACAGAGUGAGGAAGGAGGAGGGGGUGGUGAGAAAGAGAAGAAAAGAGGAGGGAGUGGCGGACAAACAGUGGAAAGUGAAGGACUUAGGGAGAGAAAGAGGGAAGAAGAAGGAGAAGAAGAGGAGGAAGAGGAUGAAGAAGAUGAAGAAGAAGGAGGAGAAGAAGAAGAAGGGAAAGAAGAAGAAAAUGAUUAUGGAAAAGAGGAAGAAAGGACUAAGCUUGAUGAUGGGUUCUUUGAGAUUGAAGCUAUUCGUCGUAAAAGGGUUAGAAAGGGCCAGCUUCAGUAUCUCAUCAAAUGGCGUGGAUGGCCAGAAACUUCAAAUACAUGGGAGCCAUUGGAGAAUCUCCUGUCUUGUUCUGAUGUUAUAGAUGCAUUUGAGGAAAGCUUGAGUUCGGGGAAGCACAAUCGAAAGCGCAAACGCAAGUAUGGUGGUCCUCAUAUACAGUCCAAGAAGAAGCAGCUGCGUUCCUCCAUUGCUACAUAUAAUGCCACUGGUCUUGUUGUUGAUAAGUCUUCCAUGGUUCCUUUUGACAUUUCAGAUAUUGCCGAUCUUUCUGCCGCAAGUCCAGUUACAGUGCCAGCACAUGAGGGAGUGAGUAAUGGAAAUGUCAACAAUCUUAAAAAACCUAAGAGGGUUAAGGAGAAUGGAUCUACAAAUGGUUCAAAGCAAAUUGAUGAAAGGAAGGAUGAAAAUGAUUAUGAUACCAAGCUUAGUGAGCUAAAAGGAGCAAUAUCUUCCAAUGGGAUCAAUGCCGAUAAGCUUGCUAUGCGGUUCCAAGGAGGCAAGAUUUCUGAAGGUGAUGGCCUUGCUAAUGGGCUACCAAAGGUUGAUCAAGUGGAAUCCGUUCAGAGUGAUCGUCGCACAGGGGCUAAAAGAAGGAAGUCUGGUUCUGUGAAGAGGUUUAAACAAGAUCUAUCUUCCUCUGGAUCUAAUUUGACUCAAAAUGCUACAUCAAAUAUCCAUGUUGGCAAUGGAAUUACAGAUGCACAGAUAGGAAUUGAAAAUCUUGGUUUAACAGCUAAUGGUUUGAGUCAUGGGCCCCUGAUUGAUAAUUCUGUAAAUGUACCUGUCAUAACCAAGAUCCUCAAACCUGUGGGCUUUUCAGCUUCUGUAUCAGACAACAAUCAAGAUGUGUCAGUAACCUUCUUGGCAAUCAGGUCUGAUGGAAAAGAGGUUAUGGUGGACAACAGAUAUCUUAAAGCUAACAAUCCACUUCUGUUGAUCAACUUCUACGAGCAACAUCUUAAGUAUAGUCCUCCAUCUUGAUCACUGAGGCUUAGUUAGAGUGUUGGUGUAGCUAGAGCCAGCCAUAUUUGUUUUGUUUUGUAUACGUGUUGUAACUUAGUUGCACGAGAUAGAUCAGGAUAGUAUGUGCUGUCUCAGUUUCGUACUGCCAUGCGGAGUGAUGUAGCUGUAGAUCUCUCACUCUCUCUCUUGCUAUGUAUGUAUGAUUAGAUAGCUGUAUCCUGCCAUUAGUGUGUGUUAAUUGGAUAUUUAACACGGUUAGAAGUAGUGAAGUUUUGUCUGACAAAGUUCAAUGAAGCCUAACAUUUUUUGGCCUGAAUGAAGCUUACAUGAGUUACAUCUUUUUCUGUCUCUCCACCUACACCACACGAGGAGCUUGGCAUGGCGUCCUGGUGAUGAAAUCUAUUUUGCAUAUUUGGUUCCGAACGCAUGUCCUUGUACCUGUGACUUGUUUAUUUUUCACGGAAUUUGCUAGCAUAUUUGCUUGCCAUGGCAGUGUUUCAUCCUUGCGAUCGUAUAGGAAUAUUGCACUGUUCUAAACUUGCACUGUAUGGAAUCUUUUCAGUCUAUGCUACAUUUGUGGCUAACUAAGCUGUAUUUAUAUAUUUUUAGUGAAUUGUUUGUGCAUUACCCGAUUUAGGAUUUGGUCAAACGAAACUUGAACUUUCAUGUGAUUAUUAACCAAAAAAAAAAAAGGAUUAUCAAAUUGUUUGAAUUCCAUUACAACAAACUUUUCUACUCUCACGGUAAAGAAGAUUGCGCUUUGCAUUUCAAAAUCCCAGAACAAAAAGAAGCGGAGGGCCAUCUCCAUUAGUACAAUCUCUAAUGGUGGGAGUCUUAGGAUCGGUGAUCUUUGGUCCUACUCUGCUGUCUAUUCUAGAGUUAGUUUGCCUUGUUUCAAGCAGGAGGCUCUGAUAGUGGCAGUUUUUAUGUAGUGAUAGUGCUUGUACUUCUUUACCAUUGGUCCUUGUGCAGCAGCUUUCAACGUUCUUCCUACUCUACGUUUGUUUAGCUCUCCUCUUCAGCAAGCAGGUAGCUCUGCCAUUGAAGAUGGGUUUGGAUGGGGAACUCUACUUUUAGUUGUGCUCUUCUUAGUUCUGUAUAAUUUUUUGGUGAGUUUGAGCCUUGCUUCUCCCAUCUGAAACUGUCUCUGGAGCAUUGCGGUUGUUUGCUUGUGUUUGUGUGUAAAGCACAAUAAAGACAUGUAUAAACUAAAACUUGCCAACAGCUGUGUGAGCUGUUCGUAAAGUAAUGGAUUUUUCAUUUUAAUGAUCAGGAAAUUUAUUGUUCUUUAUUUCCCCUUCCUUUUGCAUGGACGAAGUUUGGUGCUUGAUUCGUCAUUGAUCUAAGCAUGUUGUAAGUCUGAGGAUUCAAAACCAAGUUAAACAAAAUAUAAAGCAUUGCUGUCCUACUCAGCUUUUACCCUGUUGGUGUCAAAAUAUGUUAAGGGAAGCAUUUGAAAGCAGCCAGGACAGUCUUCCGAGAUCAUGGCUUUGGACGUUGUCGAAAAAUUGAAGAAAUAAAAUGAAAGGCAGGGCUGAAAAUGGAUAUGAGGUUGAAGUUAAGAUAAGGACAAGGAUGAAAAAACCAGCGGGGAAGCAACAACUGAAAGCAUUCUCAUCAACGUUUAUAUUGCAGAAAAUUUCGAUAUAUUACAUCAAUAAGAACACAACCCAAAACCACACAAAAUUAUUACUAUUACAGUACAGAUGGAAUAAGUUGCAGUCUUAUUUCAGUGUACGAUAAAAUUCAACAGAUAAAGAAAAACAAGGUCAGAUUCAGAGAAUAUUUUCAGGGGGAAUCAUUGUU